CACACCGUUUUCGCACGCAAAGUCGCAAGUCACAGGCAAACUGUGCGGCAAAGGAAGCGCACGUUUUGCACUGCCUCAUUGUGGUUGUCGUUGGUGGUGUUGUGGAAUGUUCUACUCUGUUCGCUUCCUCGUUCGAAUUUUCGGCGCCCAAUUUAAUCUCCGUGCUGCCCCGUUGGCCUUCCUUUUAGUUGUCUUCUCCGAAAGGGAAUCACAUCGUGUUAAACCGAGUCGCUAAUGUAUGUGCAACUGUGUGUUUGAAGCAAAUCAGUGAAUCAGUAAUCCGUUAGUGAGGUCAGUGUUGCCAGCAUUGUGCUAUCCAUUGGCGUUUAGUUAAGGGUAACAGAAGUGACUCAUACCGUCCACCGGGCUGCUCCAUCGACGAACGAAUCUAGAUGUUGAACUAAAGCGCCCCGAUCGAGAUUAUACUGCCACUGCAAUUAGUGCCGGUACUACCAGCCCCACCUGCCAGUUGCGAACCACCCAUACAACCCACCCCGCACUCCGCACACCAAAACCGCACCCCGUCGGCCGGGUAAGGAAGGAAGGUGAGCGCACUGUGUACGGAGGCGGCCACGAUACGACGUCACGAUGCUACGCAAUCGCGCACACUGGAUACGGGCGCUCGCGAUCGUGCUGGUGGGUGCAUGUGCAGUCGGCACUGCAUCGCCCGUCUCGACCACGCCGCAAGCCGAGCUCUACCUCUCACAGUUUGGGUAUUUAAGCCCCAAAUAUCGAAAUCCAACCAGCGGGAACCUGCUGGAUCAGGACACAUGGGAAAAGGCCAUCAUGGAGUUCCAGAGCUUUGCUGGUCUCAACGCUACCGGCGAGCUGGAUGGUGAGACGAUGCAGCUCAUGUCACUGCCACGGUGCGGCGUUAAGGAUAAGGUCGGGUUCGGGUCCGACACACGCUCGAAGCGGUACGCCCUCCAGGGAAGUCGCUGGAAGGUGAAGGACCUCACCUAUCGGAUAUCGAAGUACCCGAAGCGUCUGGAGCGGACGGCCGUAGAUAAGGAGAUAGCGAAGGCAUUUAGCGUGUGGAGCGAGUACACGGAUCUACGCUUCACGCCCAAGAACAGUGGUGCCGUGCACAUCGACAUUCGGUUCGAAGAGAACGAACACGGUGAUGGUGAUCCGUUCGAUGGCCCGGGAGGUACUUUGGCUCACGCGUACUUCCCAGUGUACGGCGGUGAUGCUCACUUUGACGAUGCGGAACAGUGGACCAUCGACAAAGCGCGCGGCACCAACCUGUUCCAGGUCGCUGCCCACGAGUUUGGUCACUCGCUGGGUCUGAGCCAUUCGGAUGUAAGGUCGGCCCUGAUGGCACCGUUCUACCGUGGGUACGAUCCCGUAUUCCGGUUGGAUUCCGAUGAUAUUCAGGGCAUUCAAACGCUUUACGGUCCAAAGACGAGGACUGGAGGUGGAAGCGGUAAUGGUGGCGGAGCCGUUGCACCAACGAGGACUCCCAGACCAAAGAUUCCAACGGAGCUGGAUUCGGAACUGUGCACGUCUCCGAAGAUUGAUGCCAUAUUCAACACUGCCGAUGGCAGUACCUACGCCUUCAAGGGCGAUAAGUACUACAAGCUGACGGAGAAUGCAGUCGCCGAGGGAUAUCCGAAGAAAAUCGCCGAAGGCUGGCCAGGACUACCAGGCAACAUCGAUGCCGCAUUUACGUACAAGAAUGGCAAGACUUACUUCUUCCAGGGCACCAAGUACUGGCGGUAUCAGGGCCGCCAGGUUGAUGGUGAUUACCCGAAGGAGAUCAGCGAGGGUUUCACCGGCGUGCCGGACCAUCUCGAUGCCGCAAUGGUGUGGGGCGGCAACGGCAAAAUCUACUUCUACAAGGGCAGCAAAUUCUGGCGGUUCGAUCCACUGAAGCGGCCGCCGGUGAAGUCCACCUACCCGAAGCCCAUCUCGAACUGGGAAGGCGUGCCGAACAGUGUCGAUGCCGCACUGCAGUACACGAACGGGUACACCUACUUCUUCAAGGACGACAAGUACUAUCGGUUUAACGAUAGAACGUUCACGGUUGACCAGUCCGAUCCACCGUUCCCGCGACCGACGGCCCACUGGUGGUACGGCUGCAAGAACACACCGUCGACCUUCAACACGCUAGGUAAUGUACGAUUGCAAAAAUCCGACGAACAUCCCGACGAUAUCACCAAUUUGAUUCUGGAUGCCGCAGAUACGGACGAUCAACCAGAACCGGACAGCUACAGCGGCAAUGGAGCUUCCACCGUUACUGGCGUCAAACUCAGUAUUACUACCCUGUUGUUUGCUGUGCUGGGCGCGUACCUUGUCAAUCGCUGUUAGUGCUACGUAUUGGCAUCACGCUGAACAUGGGAGACAAAAACGUAGGAGCGUAGGAAUUUCAAUUCUGCUGCAGAGCGACAGGCGUGUCCUGUCGAUCGCGACAACUCUCCGGACAAUCUCGAUCGCGAACUGCCACCAUGAGCCGGAUGGACCAAAACAGUAAACUACAGACGCGCGAGCUUAUAGAAAAACAUCAUAACCGAAAUUGAUCUCAACGGUGGGCAGCAUUAACGGGUGAGCAGACACAGACACAGGACUUGCGGGUGGAUUUCAUACAAUGCAUGGGAUGCCUGCGAUGCGAGUUGCGAGUGUGCGUGGGAUUAAUUAAGAUUUCGAAGUGUCCACCAAGGGAGAGUAAACCAAACGGACAAAAAAUAGGCAAACAAAAAUACAAACGUUAGCGGAGCUUUGGGGCGUGUACUGUUGAGAUGUAAACGGGGCAAGUCACUAGCCAUAGGUCUUUUUUUGCUAGCUAAUUGGUGUUAAAGAAGGGAUUGGAAAGCUGGUCCACGAGUAACCUGGUGCCUUUGUAAAAGUGUGCUAAGAACACGGAGUGAGCGAAACGUAUCAAAAAUCGUAGCAGAAACACAGCAAUCUGUACAUAUCACAACCCACUGCAGAAAGGGCCACAGUGCACAUUCCGGUUUAGAUCGAGUACGAUCGUAUUCGAUCGUGCACGUUAGCAAUAUACGAAUAUUAUGUCAACUUGUUGAUCGAGUGCGCGAUGCGUAGAGUGAGCGAGCGAAGGCUAAUCGAAACGGCACCCAGUUUACAGUGUAAUGUUAGAUGCGAGUUAAUUUUAAUGUACUGUACUGUUGCCCGUUUUACCCAUGCGGGCGAUACGAAACAACAGCAACCUAUACAGCGUAACCCUAAAAAUCCCGUCUUCAAUCGCAACCGCAUAAUCAACAGGGUGCAGAGCAGUCGGCCGGUGGGCCACGCUCGGUGACCAAUGCUGUACCAGCAUUUUGUAUAUAUUUAUUACUGUCUAUCGUAUCGCGGCGGGUUUUUUUGCGGAAUGUUUCCCGUGCAACCGAUCCGAGACGGUUGUUGAGAUGGAAGCGGGGUGGAAAUAAAAACUGACAUGUUUUAA